GUAAAUCAGGGCAGUUAAGCUCCCACAAAACCAGAAAAGCUCAAUUUUCCCAGGACUCAGCUGGACAGCCUGAGAGCUGAGACCAACCAGACAAGGAGAGGAGGAAACUAGCAGAUUCUGUGGAAAUGGGGACGGUAAAGAACCUCAGAGGUGUCAUCAAGAGAAGGGAGACGAUCACAGCUUUACCUCUCUACUACGCUGGAAACCUGCUUAAGAAAGGAUCUAAAGAGAAGGACUUCAAGAGUUUUUAUGGGGAGCUCAGAGGAUCAACGCUGUUCCUUUAUAACAAUGAAACACAAGAAACGUACACGGAAAGGCUAGACCUGGAGCUGCUGAAGUCCUUGGAGCUGGAGAGUCCUUACAAAAAGACAACACCUACCAUUAUCACCUUAAGUUUGCCCAAAGAGGAGGUGCAGUUAAAGAUGGACAAUGCUGACACAGGAGAGGAAUGGAGAGGCUACAUUUUGACAGUGGUUAAUAAAGAGAUUCCCAAAAACCUUCAGAUGCUUCCUGGUCAGAAAAUAAGGCUAGAGGAGACGCUUUCUGAGGAAAAGAAAAGAGCAACCAAGCUGGAUCGCCCUGCUCUUCCACCUCGACCCAGCUUCAUGCAGGCCAAAAGCACUUCAGAACCCAAAACACCUGCCUGUUUCUUCGACGUGACUCGACAAGAAGCCGAGAAGAUGCUUGAUUCCAACCCAGAGAAUGGGAACAUCAUUCUCCGCCCAUCCACCAUGCCCAAAAACUACGCCCUGACGCUCAGACAGCCUACGCCACGUGGGCCCGUCUUCAAGAACUACAGGGUGACCUCCACCAGCUCUGGCUAUGUGAUUGAACUGGAUAAUCCAAUGACCGUCUCCUCACUGGAAGACGUUUUAAAGUACUUCCUGGAGAAGACAGAGUACCGUCUCCGUCCCUAUGUUGCAUCUCAGCCCUAUGACGUUCGGAUCGAUGUAUCCCCUCCCCCAAAGUGUAUGAGCAUCCCUCCACCUGUAGUCCCCAAAGCCCAGGUGGCACCCAUGCUCCGUGGCCAGACCAAAGACAAGCUUCUUCCUCCUACACCCAAGGAAGAUGAUGAAUUGUAUGUGUACCCAGAUGAUUCUCCACCAGAUAAUCAAAUGACAAAGAAAGUUCAGAUGAAUGAUGAGCUUCAGUCAAUUUUAAAAAAGAGAAAAGAAAACCUCUACAUGGAGACUGGAAGAGACGACGAAUCCACCUACAAGAAUGAAACCUGUGACAGAAACGGCAGAAAGAUCCAGUGGUUUAAAUAAAGUUAAACUUUCGCAUCCUGAUCAAGUUUCAAAAUUAAGGUGGAUCAAAUAUUUCAUGUUUUCCUGCAAAUACCUGUGGUGAUAGUAAAAAUGUGUAGAGUUUAAAUUAUGAAUAAAUCAGUUCUCAGUUGAUAACGUGUGAG